AUGACUUUGACUGUGCUAUGUGUAAGAAUUCUCAAGCCUUUGGGGACGACUCAUCAAAAUCAAGAGGCUUAUCUGUCAGCCUCCAGAUCAACAGCAGAUGAAUUCAAGCAGGAGAGUCUUGGGCUGGGGAAGGAAGGCGUGGACCGAUUUGCCAGCUGUGUGUGCAAACUUAGGGUCCUGCUUCAGCACCGACCUGGGAUGCCUGGUGGCCUGGAGCAGGGGUUGUCCCUAGCCUUCUCUCCAAGAGAUCUUGAAAUAUCUAGGAAGAGUCAGGGCAUCGCGAUGGCCGAGGUGCUGCAGAACCAGCUGCCCUGGUUAGAGAAUGUGUGGCUUUGGGUCAACUUUCUGGGCGACCCCAAGAGCGUUUUUCCGUUCUACUUCCCCGCGGCCUACUAGGCCUCUCGCUGGGUGGGCAUUGCAGAGCUCUGGAUCAGCCUCAUCACCAAGUGGCUUGACCUUGUCUUCAUGUGGUUUCUGUUCAGAGGCAAGCCCUUUUGGUGGGUCCAUGAGUCUGGGCACUACAGUCAAGCUCCAGCCCAGGUUCACCGGUUCCCCUCUUCUUGUGAAACUGGUCUAGGCAGCCCUUCCGGACACUGUAAGAUCACAGGAGCAGCUCUCUGGCCCAUAAGGAUGGCCAUCUCUUCCCAGGUGGCCACUCGGACCCACAGCCGCUGGGUGAGGGUGAUACCUAGCUUGGCUUAUUGCACCUUCCUGCUGGCGGUUGGCUUGUCCCAGGUCUUCCUCUUAGCACAUUUCCCUCACCAGGUGUUGGCUGGCCUAAUAACUGGUGCUGUCCUAGGUUGGCUGAUGACCACCCCCCAGCUGCCCACAGAGCGGGAGCUAAGCUUCUAUGGGUUGAGCUCGCUGGCCCUCUUGCUGGGUGCCAGCCUCAUCUGUUGGACCCGCUUUACACUGGGCCUGGAUCUUUCUUGGUCCAUCAACCUGGCGUCUAAGUGGUGUGAGCGGCCUGAGUGUGUGCACUUGGACAGCCGGCCCUUUGCCUCUCUGAGCCGCGACUCAGGGGCCGCCCUGAGGGGUCUAGGCAUUGCCCUUCACUCCCCCUGCUAUGCCCAGGUGCGGCGGGCAUACCUGGGACACGGCCAGAAGCUAGCCAGCCUUGUGCUGGCCACGGGGCUGCUGGGCCCCCUGGACCGGCUGGGCUACACCCCUCAGAUCAGCCUUUUCUACAUCUUCAAUUUCCUCAAGCACACCCUCUGGCCAUGCCUGGUCCUGAUCCUCGUGCCCUGGCUGGUGCACACGUUCAGUGCCCAGGAAGCACCACCCAUCCGCUCUUCCUACUCUAGGCGCCACCUACUGCCACUCUCCCUGUCACAAAGCCCACACUCCGUGACCUCCAGAAUCUGGGAGGCAGCCCCAUCCCCUUCCAGCCCCCAACAGGCCCCUCUCAUCUUGAAUUUUCUACUUUUCCCACCACCUGGUCUCAGCCCCAAAUAA